UUCGUUGCAAAGUGCUUAGUUAAUUUAAUUAUGUUACAAUAAAUUAUUUUAUAGUUAAUUUUUAUGUUCCUACAAAGUCCAGGAAACCAAUAAAACUUUCCCACUAUAAUCUGUUUACAGUUGUAGAUAUUAACGCGGCAAUUAACCCAUAAACAAUAAAUGAAGGAAAGUGGCAAUUUCUCUAGUGACAAACGUCGGCCUUAUCGACUUGAAUAAUGGAGCGAGUAGUUAGACUCGCGUCUUCAUCCCGGUAAUUAACGAACUCCCCCUUCACCCCCACUUUAUCCCCCCGCGCGCACCCAACAGAAUUAAUCACACCAUGAAUCUCGCCCCCCAAUCCCGGGUCGGAUUAAAAAGUUUUAUUGGAGCCCUGAUUGUGACAGCCCGACGCGCCUCGCUUCCGACCUCCCACCAAUCACAGCCCGCUCGCCACGAAAUACCUACACCCGAUUGGUCGGCGCUUAACGAGCUCCGCCCAUUCUCUCCGCCCGGCCCAGGGCUGUCACACGCCACGUCAGUUGACCGAGGCGCGUCGACCCGUCAGCCGUAUCCCGCGUUACCGGUUGUGAUCCGUUGUGCUACAGCGUGUGAUGUUGUGAAAAUGGAGGAGGAGUCGAUGUCGGGACACAGUUGUUCGGAGGACGAUAUUAGUGUGGGUCGGCCGUCGCCGGCACCCUCGCGGUCGCCGUCGCCGCACGACUACUUCAGGCCGCUGAAGCGUUUAAAGAUGUCGGAGCCGGCCGAGGAGAGGCGUGGGGAAGGAGUGAAGAGUUUCAGUAUUUUGGACAUUUUAUCGCACAGCCCGCGGACGCCGGCGAGGAUAGUGAGGCCUUGGGACGGAGCGGCGGCAGGGUUGGAGAGGUUACAGAGGUUGCAGCGGCUCGCAGGGGCUGCGUUGCUGGACGGCGAGCGCUGGCGGCUAGCAGCGCUUGGCCUGCUUCGGCCCCGGGAGGCCACAGAAUGCGACUCGGUGUCGGAGCGGUCUUCCUCGGCCUCGGACUGCUGCUCGGAGCCGCGCCGGCCGCACCCGCAGAAUGCCCCACACACGCCUCUUGAUGCGCUGUUUCACAUGACCAGCAAGACUUUUGAAGCCAACAAUCCUGACAAUGGAGAUGGUCAGUCAAAUCACCUGAACCUGUUCAACUCGAGGCCACAGCCGAAGAAGAAACGAAAAUCCCGAACCGCCUUCACGAAUCACCAGAUCUUCGAGCUGGAGAAACGGUUCCUCUACCAAAAGUACCUCUCGCCUGCAGACAGGGACGAGAUAGCCAGCUCUCUUGGUCUGUCCAAUGCACAAGUCAUAACCUGGUUCCAAAACAGACGAGCAAAGUUGAAGAGAGAUAUGGAGGAACUGAAGAAGGAUGUGGAAAGUGCUAAAGUACUGUCCGCGCAUAAGAGCUUUCUAGAAAAUGUCACGGAUUUAGGCAUUUUGAAGAAGAAAGCUAUGAGCAUAGGGGCGAGCGAGGAGGCAGCUACUAACCUGGUAGUGAACGCGUCUAAAUGAAACGAGGCAUCGCGCGCGAUCGCACAGGAGGCGUUGUACGAUCGCCGCGCGCUCGAUUUUUAAAAAUCGAAUGUUCGAAUCGAACGAACUCUGUGGUGAAUUACUUUCUUAAACUAUCGGACUUUUUAAUAGUGACGUUUGAUGUAUCUCCACUAAUGGUUAGUAUGGCGUAAAGUACUUCACUCUCUCUAGUGUUAGUUGUACAUAGAAUCUGAUAGGUGUAGUUGUAACUGUACAAAAAACUUAUGAAGAAGCUUCGUUGGAAAUUUAAAUGUGAUAGUUGAUUUUAUUAUUUAAGUACUUAAUAAUUUUAAAGAGAUAUUCCUAAAUUAUUUAUUGCGGGGUUUACGUCGACUGGCGCAUGGAUUGCAAUGUCGAAAUUUUAUACUGAAUUAAUUUAUUUCAUGUAUUUUUGUAUUUAUUAAACCAGUACGUGCAAUAUGGAAAUUAUGUUUCAAAACUUCUAUGUGCCAGUGAUGUAAAUCUGAAAGUAACAAUGUACAUAAAUAGAUAAAUGUGUAGAUUAAGUUUAAAUUCUAAGUACCUUCGUGUAUGAUCUUUCCAGCAAAUUGUUCUAGAUAAAUUAGUAGACUAAUUAUACUAAUUCAUAAUAUUGACUUUGUCAUUUUACCAAGAUUGAGACAUUAUUACCAGCCGGUAUUAUAAACGAAUAUCGAAAUAAAUACAAUACCUAUGUUAUUUCUUUCUUCAUAGAAUGAAUCGAUUAAAACAAUUAUUUACGGUGGAAGUCAUUCUGGGUCAUUAUACGUUUUAAUGCAGGUUUUUGCGAUUUCUAAGAAUCUUGAAAUUUUAAUAUUCUUAAUGCGUUUUAACUUCACUAGCUACUAAUGAUAAGCACAGAAUAGGCCUCAAUAUUUGACCCUUGACUUUUUUAUUUUUAGAAUUUAUAACCUGGAGUAUGCAAACAUACAACUAUGUUACUGAUGUCCCUGCCCUUUUACUUAUAACGACAACUUUGUUACUUAUAAAAAUAUAUACAAUAUUUUUUACCUUCGUUACAGGGUAUCGUUAGUGCGGCAUUUAAAUGUAAUUUAUAUUGAUAUACAAUUUAAAAGAAUACACAAUUUAUAAAUACAUACAGAUAAUAACACACACACAAUUUAUAAGAUACAUAAUUUAUAAAUAUAAAAAACAAAUACUUGCUCCUGGGGACAAAAAACCUGCAGUAAAAAGUAGAAUGACCUUUCUACACGUGGGCUAGAAUGUUGUAUGUAAAAUAUAAAUCAAUGAUUGAAUUUUAUUACUGUUAAAGUAAAAUCGAUCGAGUGAGACCACGAGAUAUAAUUACACAAAUGACCUACUUUUAUAAUAAUUCAUACAAAAAAUGAAUAUUUGAGUCAAUGCAAAUAAAUACCUAAGUAAACCGAAGUAAGUUGAAGUGAAACGAAUUCUUUUAAGCAUAUAAGUAAGAAACAAAUUGCGCCUAAAUUAAUCACUAAUUACCUACACAAUUUUUAAAGAUUUUUCGUGGACUCACUUUUUUGUCUUAGCGCCAAAAAUACUCUUUCAAGAUAACCAUUUAUUUUAUAUUUACCUGUGCAAUUGUUAUCAGAAAUAUCGAAACACUUUUUAAGCAACAAGUGUCAUUGUCAACAUUCAAAUAUUAUCAGUUCACUAAGUUGUCAUUGACUUUAUGUCAACCUUUAUUAUCGCUAUUUUACUUCAAAUGUUAGUUUAUUUAAUGUUUAACGCUCAUUAUUUAGCACUUUGGGAACUUUUCUGAAUCUGCUGUUAGUAGAAUAAGCCCUUCAGUCUUUUACAGACAGCGAAAAUAGCCCUUGAAAGAGUAUGGCUGUAUAUAGACCUCUCGUUCCUACCGCAGCGAUGCGAUAUUUUAUACUUAUGUAGUGGCGGCUGCGCCUUCAGUACUGUGCAUAUAAGCUGGUGUAAAUAAACAAUUAUGUGUUA